GUGUUCAAAUUUCUCAACGAUAACGUGGUUUUAAUUACAGGGGUGACAUUAAUUAUCGGUAUCCAUUGGGGAUGGUAUAAACUACAGCAGGUUCCGUAUUUGGUCGAUCAAGAAACUCGGAAAGAAAUGCCUUUGAUUGCUGCUGCGAAAACGAUUAAAAAUAAAAUUGCAGGAGAAAAAAACGAUAACAGUGAUAAAUAAUUUAUAUACGAAUAAUGUAAAGUUAUUAAAUAAUAAUAAUAAUCUGUAUGAAAAGUUUGUGUGUAGUUUUCCUGACAAGACAAUACAGUCGCAGCAAAACGUUUUAAAACGUAACAUAUCCGCAACAUUUUAACGUAAUCUUGUAAUCAAAUCGACAAUUUGUUGUCAUUUAACCGUGUGAUACUAAUGAUAUUACAUAAUAUUUAUUAUCUUCUGAACAGUAUAAUGUUGCAUAUAAUGGAAAACGUAGUGGGAGCAGGUUAGAUAUGCGCGAUUGGAUUGUAUUGUAUUGUACUGUACACUCUAAUUUGUAUUACGGUCGAUCACAAACCACAGUCGACGAAAAUCAUAACUGAUCAUAACCUUUUCAGACACCAUUUUUGACAGUUAGUUAGAAACUUAGUGGUUGACAGUCUAACCUAAGUUUAGUCUAGUCGUGCAAGUUUAUAAUAUCGCGUGUUCGAGUUGUUCCGUUCAUCUUCAUAGUUGUGCCGAAGUUGCGAAGUGUCCGUCACAAUCUCAUGUGUUAAUACAAGUGUCAAAAUCAAGAUGAAAAUCCGUUUCAACACUUUCGAUCUGGUCUGUGCCGUUGCAGAACUACAAACGUUAAUUGGAUGUCGUGUAAACAACAUUUACGACAUAGACAAUAAAACAUAUCUAAUUAAGUUGCAUAGCGGAGAAGAGAAAUACGUGCUUCUACUAGAAUCAGGAAAUAGGAUCCAUAAAACAGCUUUCGAAUGGCCCAAAAAUCAAUCACCUUCAGGCUUCACUAUGAAGUUAAGAAAACAUUUGAAAAACAAACGCCUGGAACGUUUGGAACAGUUAGGAAAUGAUCGCAUUGUAGAUUUACAAUUUGGAAGUGGAGAAGCUUGUUAUCAUGUCAUUUUAGAACUUUAUGAUAGGGGCAAUUUGAUUUUGACCGAUUAUGAGUUGUUAAUAUUAAAUGUGUUGAGGCCACAUACCGAAAAAGACGUUGUUAAAUUUAUUGUCAAACAGAAAUAUCCUUUGAAUAGGGCUAGAGAUAAAUUUAACAUUACUAAAGAAUAUUUGCAGGAAAUUUUGUCAAAUGCAAAAUCGGAACAACUGAAAAAGAUUUUAGUUUCUAAAACGGAAUUCGGUCCCGCAGUUAUUGACCAUGUUUUACUGCGGCAUAAUUUUAGUGCCAAAUCUAAAUUUGACAUUGAAACAGAUUUCGAUCGUAUUUUUCAAGCUUUAAAAGAUGCUGAAAUUUUAUUCGAAGAGGCACGAAAGUCAAAAGCAAAUCCAGGUGUCAUUAUACAGAAACUUGAAGAUGGCAACAAGUCUUAUUAUUCAAAUCAAGAAUUUCAUCCAAUUUUGUUCGCACAAUUCGAAAACUUACCGUUCAAACGGUUCGAAUCGUUUAAUAAUGCUGUUGAUGAGUUUUAUUCGAGCAUGGAAGAUCAAAAAUUGGAGUUGAAAGCGUUGCAACAAGAAAAAGAUGCGAUGAAAAAAUUGGAGAACGUCAAAAAGGACCACGGGCAGCGAUUAAACGCUCUGGAAAAAACGCAGGAAGAAGACAAACAAAAGGCAGAGUUGAUCUGCAGGAAUCAGGAAAUUGUUGAAAGGGCCAUUUUGGCAGUUCAGUCCGCUUUAGCGAAUCAGAUGAGUUGGGACGACAUAGAAGAUCUGGUUAAAGAAGCUGCAUCGAAAAAUGAUCCUGUUGCCAAAAUUAUUAAGAAGCUCAAAUUGGAAAUAAAUCACAUAACUUUAUAUUUAACUGAUCCAUAUUUUGAGGAAGAUGAAGAUGAAGAUGAAGAUGAAGAUGAAGAUGUAAACGAAGAAAAUUCGGAAGAAAGUGAAGAAAAAAGUGAGAAAAUUCCGUCAAUGUCGGUCGACAUUGAUUUGGCUUUGAGCGCUUUCGCAAACGCACGCAAGUACUACGAUCAGAAAAGGAGUGCGGCGAAGAAACAGCAGAAAACCAUCGAGUCACAAACUAAAGCUUUAAAAUCUGCCGAAAGGAAAACGAAGCAAACGUUAAAAGAAGUGCAAACAAUAACGAACAUUCACAGAGCUAGAAAAACUUAUUGGUUCGAAAAAUUCUUUUGGUUCGUCAGUUCGGAAAAUUAUUUGGUCAUCGGUGGAAGGGAUCAACAACAAAACGAAUUGAUCGUUAAAAGAUACAUGAAACCGACGGACGUUUAUGUGCAUGCAGAUGUACACGGUGCGAGCAGCGUCAUCAUUAAAAACCCUACGGGACUUCAAGUACCUCCCAAAACUCUCAACGAAGCCGGAACAAUGGCCAUCUGUUACAGUGUCGCUUGGGACGCGAAGGUGGUGACCAAUUCGUACUGGGUUUGGGGUGAACAAGUCUCCAAAACAGCUCCGACCGGCGAGUACUUGACCACCGGCAGUUUUAUGAUACGCGGCAAAAAGAAUUUUCUGCCGCCCUCACAUUUAAUCUUAGGUUUCGGAUUCAUGUUCAAGCUCGAUGAUGAGAGCGUGCCCAAACAUUUGGGCGAACGGAAGGUCCUGACGCUCGACGCCGAAAACGAUAAGCUCCUUGUUGCCGACGUCGACGACAAUCCCGACGUCGAACUUGACAUUUUGGACGAAAGCGACGAAGACCGACAAAAUAGAUUGGAUGAGUCGUCCUCGGAUGAGAACGAUUCCAACUUUCCGGACACUCAAAUUAAAUUGCAACGAUUCGGUGGAAGCAAAACAAUUUUGGAUUCCGAAAACGUAAUAUAUUUAGGAGACGAUAAACCGAUAGUUUUACAACAGUCAAAAUCGAAAAAUUCUAACGAAACGAAACAAAAGCAGCAGAAGCAACCGCAAAAUACAAAACGGCAGCAGCAACAGCAACAGCAACAGCAACAGCAACAGCAACAGCAACAGCAACAGCAACAACAACAACAACAACAACAACAACAACAACAACAACAACAACAACAACAACAACAACAGACGACGAAAAGAGGUCAAAAAAGUAAACUAAAAAAGAUCAAAGAAAAGUACAAGGAUCAAGAUGAAGAAGAACGUGCUUUACGUAUGGAAAUUUUACAAUCGUCCGGUUCGGCAAAAGAAAAUAAAAAGAAUAAGAAAAAGGAUGCAGUUAGCAAUGUUAAAAAGCGGCCGCAACAGCCCAAAGUGGUGCAAGUUAAAGAAGCUGAUGAUGAAGAAGUCGUUCAAGUACAAGUCGACGUUGAUAUGAUCGAUUCGUUGACAGGAAUUCCAAACGCUGACGAUGAAUUGGUGUUCGCUGUUCCAGUUGUCGCUCCUUACAAUACUCUUACAAAUUACAAGUUUAAAAUAAAAAUGACUCCUGGAACGAGUAAACGGGGUAAAGCGGCACGAACGGCGGUUCAGGUUUUCCUUAAGGAUAAAACGGUGACGCAAAGGGAAAAGGAUUUGUUGAAGGCUGUGAAAGACGAGCAGUUGGUUCGAAAUUGGCCUGGGAAGGUUAAAUUGUCGGCGCCCAAGUUGCAGACUCUCAGAAAGUGAUUCAUUAUUGAUUGUCAUGUUGCUUCUGGUUUAAUAAAUAAUGAUUUUGGA